AGCACGGAAGCAGACGGUCCGCACUGAGAACUGGCCCACGUACAAUUACAAGUCUACAAGUCUUCUUCAGCUCCCAGCCAGGACUUCCACAACAACAUGUUCACCUAUUAAAUUCAAGAAAUUAAGGCAAUGAACUCAACUCUUACAAAGUCGUCGCGAAUUCAAAGUGUCAUAUGUGCAACGGUGAACUGUAUAAGUAGCUUAAAACUAUACAGGCACAUUAGUGUGUAUAUAUGUGCUCUGAUGUAGUAUCAUAAUAAAAUGAUCGUCAACACAGCAGCAGUAGUUGAUAUAUACGCAAUGCAUCUCUUUGGAAUAAGCAAACGCACUUGAACAAAUCAUAACUAUCAAUUGAAAGAAAAGUGUAAAAAAGUUGCAAAAUGUGUAACAAGUGAAGGUGAUAAGAUAACUGCAAUUGUGUGCAAUUUGCGAUUACUGCAAAACGCCCAUAAGUCACAACAAUAACAAUAACAACAACAACAUCAUCGACAGCAGCAGCUAACACAACAAUAACAACGAGAGUAGCAACAUACUAUGUAGAGAGGGAAUUUGCUUGCCAACGUAUACUGAUGUACAUAUGUAUGUACAUACGGUCUUGUGAAUGUGACACCUACGCAACACGAAGCGCAUUAAAGUGCGAACUGAGCUCAGCAUCCCAGCGACAACGACAACAGCAUCAUCACAAAGAUUCACGCAAUACGCACGCGCCAUAAUACAAAGUCCAAUAAGACGAAAAGAGUCAGCAAUAGCAACAACAGUCGGGGCGCGAGCCGACGACGAAGCAGCUGCGUCGCAGCAGCCGAGCAGCAAACGCAAAGCAGCAUCCGCACAUUUACGCAGCGUUUAGUGUUGCGUUCGUGUGUGCCUGCUUGCGUGUGUGCGAGUGUGCGAGCACGUGUACGUGUGUGUGCCCUCGCGUUGGCAAUGUAUUGGCUAGCCUUGCCGUUUUGCCCUUUGGUGUGCAUGCUAUGCUUGUUUUCGGGAAUUAGCGACUUGACCUAUGGAUAUGGCGAUCUGUAUGAGCGCGGCAUCAACAACCGCGCCGGUGGCGCAGAGAAUACCCAAGAACGUCCACAGAACUGGUAUCAGCAGGCCCAUGGACGCUCCCUAAAUGCCGGCAAUGGACACAGUGUGCAUGGGGAUGAGCCAUCCGAAGAGCUGCUGCAGAAGGAGGACGAUCAUGAUUACCUCACUGCUUCCGAUUAUCCGCCACAUCAUGAGCAUGACGACCAUGAUCAUGACAUUGACAACGAUCAUGAUCACGAUCACGAUCACGAUCAUGAUGACAAUCUCGACGAGGGCGACAAAUUGUAUGGACACGUUUUCACCAUGGAGCCCAUGAUUCCGCUGAAACCGAGCGUCGGGGUCGGUGUCGGCGCUGGCGUCGGCACUACAAACACCGGCGACACUCCUAAGUUCCGUAACGUGGGUGCCCAAGGAGGACGCGGCGAUAUGUAUGUUGUCCGAGAAUCAGAUCGCCAGACGAGCACACGGGGUCGCGAUGGGUUUGUCAGCGGCGCCAACAACAAGCAGAAGGGCUUCCGACCAUUCGCCAAUCGUGUCGUUGUCCACGACGAUCCGCGGCAGCUGGGACAGCCCGGGGAUGGAUACAGCGCCCCUCCGCCCAGUGGCUGCCACAAUAGCUGCGACGAUCUGCAGUGGCAGUGCAGCAAUUGCCAAUGUAUUGAGGCGCCGGGUCGCUGCAAUCGUGAGGUGCAGUGCACCGAUGGUUCCGACGAGCUCGACUGCGACAACAUGGACGACAUGAUGUCCAAGCUACAGAAGGAGUGCGAGCAGAGUGGCUUGCAUGUGAUGUGCCCAAAGACUUAUCGCUGUAUCAACAAAGACUGGCUUUGCGACGGCGACGAUGACUGCGGUGAUUAUUCGGAUGAAACUCAUUGCGGAGCUCGCACCAACUGCACCGAAGAUCAGUUUGAGUGCCAGAAUGGGUUCUGCAUUCCCCGGCAAUGGCUGUGCGAUGGCGAAAACGAUUGCAAGGACUACUCUGAUGAGGUACACUGCAAUCGCAGCAGUUGCACCGAUGAGCACUUCGCCUGUAACGACGGUUACUGCAUUUCGCUUGCGUUUCGCUGCGAUGGCGAACGCGACUGCGACGAUAACUCCGAUGAAUUGAAGUGCCCGGCUGUUAUCAACAGUUGUCCGGAGGGUGAAUUUAAGUGCCGCGGUGGCCUCGGUGGCGCUGGCGGCCCCAGCGGCCAAUGCAUUCUUAAUCGUUUCCGGUGCGACGGCGACAACGACUGCGGCGAUUGGAGCGACGAGGAGAAUUGCCAGCAGAAGCCAUCGCAGUGCACGUCGAACGAAUACAAGUGCGCCGAUGGCACGUGCAUCCCGAAGCGGUGGAAGUGCGACAAGGAGCAGGACUGCGAUGGCGGUGAGGACGAAAAUGAUUGCGGCAACAUGAGCCCCGAGCAUCCGAUCACCUGCGGCCCCGACGAAUACACUUGCCACAAUGGCCGCUGCAUUUUGCGUACCUGGCUUUGCGAUGGUUAUCCAGACUGCUCCUCGGCCGAGGAUGAGGUCGACUGUCUCCUGCAGUGUGACGCCGGUCAAUUCCUUUGUCCUGCAAAAAAGAACAUCACGAACCUGAAAAUCUGUGUACAUCAGAAGCACGUUUGCGAUGGACAAAACGACUGUCCGUUGGGCGAGGAUGAGGUCAAUUGUCCGGUUGAGCAAAAGUGCCCGGAGCCUAGGCAAUGCGAACAGCUGUGUAUUAAGACGGCGCGUAGCAAGGACGAAUGCGCCUGUCGCCUGGGUUACCUGAUGAACGAGAAUAAGCGCAACUGCACAGAUAUUGAUGAGUGCCAAUACCUCACCAGUCCGGUGUGCUCGCAAAAGUGUCACAACACAAUGGGCUCGUUUAUCUGCUCCUGCGAGAGUGGUUAUAUCCUGCGACCCGAUUUGCGUACCUGCAAGGCUCUGGGUGGAGCAAUGACGCUGCUGGUGGCCAAUCGCUGGGACAUUCGCCGUGUGACGCUCAGCAACAAUCGGUACAUGGCGAUUGUCAAAGGAUUGCACAAUGCCAUUGCACUGGACUUUCACUAUCGAAAGGGAUUGAUCUUCUGGUCGGAUGUCUCGACCGAUGUAAUCAAAAUGGUCUACAUCAAUGGCACACGCGUGCGUGACGUUAUCAAAUGGGGUUUGGAGUCCCCGGGCGGCAUCGCUGUCGACUGGGUGCAUGAUCUGCUCUUCUGGACCGACUCCGGCACACGGCGCGUCGAAGUCUCAAAUUUCCAGGGUAAUCUGCGCACGGUGAUCGCAUCGAGUGACCUGGACAAGCCGCGUGCUAUUGUCAUUCAUCCCGGCGAGGCCCUGGUCUUUUGGAGUGACUGGGGACCCAAUCCCAAGAUCGAGCGCGCCCAUAUGGAUGGCUCGCAGCGUCAGGUGAUCAUCUCGAAGGGCGUCACGUGGCCCAAUGGCCUGGCCAUUGACUAUCCGAACAGCAAGAUCUACUGGGCCGAUGCCAAGCAGCAUGCCAUAGAGUGCUCCAAUCUGGAUGGCAGCGAACGCAUCAAGGUGCUGAGCACACACCUGCCUCAUCCGUUUGCCUUGACCAUCUUCGAGGACACCAUGUACUGGACAGACUGGAACACUAAGACCGUGUCAGCGGCCAAUAAGAUAACGGGCAAGGGCUUUCGUUCGGUCCACGAGAACUUUCACUUCCCCAUGGACAUACACGCGUAUCAUCCAGCGAGGCAGCCGGACUAUCAGGACCGAUGCGCCAAGGACAGACGCGGCUUGCGUGGGGGCUGCUCGCAUUUAUGUCUGCCAAACAGGACAUCGCGUCGUUGCGGUUGUCCCAUUGGAUUGUCGCUGAAGGACGAUGGCAAGACGUGCAAGAGUGCACCUGAUAAGCUUGUGCUGGUGGCACGACGCAAGGACAUACGCUUGCGACAGCUGAACAGCAAGCCAGCUGGACCCAACGAAGUGGACAUGAUUGUGCCUCUGGACAACUUGAAGCACGCCGUAGCCCUGGAUUGGUGCAGUGAGACGGACUUCAUCUACUGGACGGAUGUGGAGCGCAGCUCGAUCAGCAAAGCACAUCUUAAUGGCAGCUAUCAACAGCGUGUUGUCCACUCGAAUCUAGAGUCGCCGGUGGGCUUGGCAUUGGACUGGAUCACCGAUAAACUCUACUGGACAGAUCCAUCGACGAAUCGCAUUGAGGUGGCCACCACCAAUGGCAAAAUGCGCACGCUCCUCGUCUGGGAGAAAUUGGACAAGCCGCGCGAUAUUGUCGUCAACCCCAUAGAUGGACUCAUGUUUUGGUCGGAUUGGGGCGAAGAGGCAAUGAUAGAGCGCGCCAACAUGGAUGGCGCUAGUCGUGUCAUCAUUGCCUCCAAAAAACUCAUCUGGCCCAAUGGCCUGGCCAUCGAUUAUGAUCAGCACAAGCUCUACUUUGUUGACGGCGGGACCAAGACCCUCGAGAACAUGAACUUUGAUGGCAGUAAUCGCAAGGCCAUUAUUACUGAUCUGGGCCAUCCCUUUGGACUGGAUGUGAGUGGCGGUCGCGUCUACUGGACAGAUUGGGACACCAAGUCAGCCAUGAGUGCCGACAAACUAACGGGCAAGAGUGUGGCCACGGUGAUUGCCAACAGCAGUGAUCUAAUGGACAUACGGGUCUUCCAUCGCACUCGCAGGCGUGUCUACAAUGCCUGCGAUAAGCACAACGGCGGAUGCUCGCACCUCUGCCUUCUGAAUCCAACCAAUUACACGUGCGCCUGCGCCGUUGGUGUGCAGCUCAAGGAGGAUGGACGCACUUGCUCCGAGGGACCUACGAGGUACAUUCUCUUUGCGCAUCGCAUUGAUAUACGUCAAAUCUCGCUGGACUUUGAUCAUCUGAUUGAUGUGGUGCUGCCAUUGCCACCCAUAUCAAAUGCGGUCGCCUUGGAUGUGGAUCAGAAGACGGGUUACAUUUUCUGGUCCGACACCAUCGAGAAUGUGAUAAUGAGCUCUAGUCCGGAUGGGUUGCAUGUCCACAAAGUGAUUGGCGAGAGCUUAGAGAAUCCCGAUGGUCUCGUCGUCGAUUCGAUAGGACGCACCAUCUACUGGGCCGAUGCGGGCAGACAUACGAUUGAGGUGGCCACACUCGAUGGUAAUCAUCGGCACGUAAUUGCUUACAAGGACUUGGAAUCGCCGCGAGGCCUAUCCCUCGACUAUGAGGCGGGUCUGCUCUUCUGGACGGAUUGGGGCCAUUAUCGCAAGAUCGAGCGUUCCCACCUCGAUGGCAAUGAACGUUCACGCAUCGUUACCGCUCACCUGGGCUGGCCCAAUGGUCUCUCGCUGGAUCUAAAGAGCAAACGCAUUUAUUGGGUCGAUGCGCGACUAAAGACAAUUGACUCUUGCGAUUAUACGGGCAACCAGCGUCAGUUAAUAAUGUCCUCGCUGCAUCAUCCAUAUGCACUUGCGCUCACAGAGGACUAUAUCUAUUGGACGGACUGGAAGUCGAAGGCAUUGCACAUGGCCGAUCGACGGAAUACAAGCGCCAAGCGUGAUGUAAUGACAAACAUUGAUGGACUGAUGGACAUCAAAGUGAUUUUCAAGCAUCAAUUGAUGCCAGAGAAUGUCUGUGGCCACAACAACGGCGGUUGCUCCCAUCUUUGUCUACGCAAUCCUGGCGGUUUCACCUGUCAAUGUCCAACGGGUCUCAAGCUGCGCGAGAACAGCACCACCCAAUGUCAAAGUCUGCCCGAUGAUUACCUGCUGAUUGCAUUGCGCUCGGGGAUUGGCAUGAUCUCGCUGAAUAGCGGAGACUAUAUGGAUGUUGUGCUGCCCAUCAGCGGCGUCCAUGGUGCCGUCGUUCUCGACUAUCACUAUCGCAAGAAUUGGCUUUUCUUCGCCGAUGUUAAUCUCGAUGUUAUUCGCCGGGUCAAUCUUCUAAACUUAACCGAGAGCAGAGUGAUUGUUAGCACCGAACUGCUGACUCCCAAUGGCAUUGCUGUUGACUGGAUUGCAGAGAAUCUCUACUGGUCGGAUACCGAUCGCAAGUUAAUCGAAGUCGCACGCAUCGAUGGCACCUGUCGGAAGAAACUCAUCACCGAGGACUUGGGCGAUCCACGCUCCCUUAUUGUACAUCCGUCCAAAGCCUACCUCUUCUGGUCGGACUGGAACUCGCCGGCUAAAAUCGAACGCAGUUUCCUCGACGGCUCAAAUCGCACAGCAAUUGUCACUUCGGGAGUAGGAUUUCCCACAGGCCUUACCAUUGAUUUCACCAAUCGCCGACUUCUUUGGGCCGAUGCUUUGGAGGACAACAUAGGCCAGGUGGACUUUAAUGGUAAACGGCGUCAGACUAUCGUGCCUUAUGCUCCACAUCCUUUCGGCCUGACUAUGUUUGAAAGCAACAUCUAUUGGACGGACUGGUACAACAAAUCCGUAUACCGUUCGCAACGGGUGCCCCGCAUGGGAUACAGUUAUCCCUUCGAAGUGCGUGACGCACUCAGCGGGGCACUGGACAUUCGUGCCGUGUCGUUGCAGCGACAGGCAAAGGGUUGGAAUCAAUGUGCCCAAGACAAUGGAGGAUGCUCGCACUUGUGCUUCUAUCGGGGCAUCGAUUACGUAUGCGCUUGUCCCGACCGACUGGAGAGCGAUCACCGUCAAUGCUCCACGUCACCUAAGGAGUUGGUGCAAGCGCGCCUGGAGAGCGAUCAGCAACCGGAUUACUCGGAUGAGUUGACCGAUGACACAACAUCAACGGAGAAUCAGAAUAGCAACGGCAAUCAGUUCGACGAUGAUCUAAAGAGCAAAGAGGACAACGAACGGGAAUUCUUUGUAUUGAUCGCACUCGGUGUUGUCAUUGUCAUGGUCGUCAUCAUAAUGCUGGUGAUGUUCAUGCUUGCAUUAAAUACGAAUCGCAAGAAAACAAAGCGCAAUUCACGUGGCUCCAGUCGCUCAGUGUUGACGUUUUCCAAUCCCAACUACAAUGUGGAUGGUACACCGAUGGAGCCCAAGACGAACAUCUGGAAGCGCUUCAAAUAUGAUAAAUCGCACGAACGCGCCGGGGUUUACGAGGAGAGAAGUCUGACCACAGAGACAGCUUCCUCUAGCCUGUUUGUGCCCACGCCAUCGCCAAUGGCAUCGCCGUCAACAAAGACUAUGCAACUGACAACGCUCUCGACUAUCACAUAAAUUCAAAAUGACCUCACAACAAAUCAGCAUAAAAAUACAAAACAAAAAAAAAAAAAAAAAAAACAAUUAAAUAAAAAACGCAAAAAACUGCACAAAAACAAAGAAAAAAACCCAAAAAAAGAAAAGAAAACAUUCCGUUAAACAUAUUACUUAAUGAAUUAAUACAAUUUUCCUACGAAGAGAAUGAGAUAUAGAUUGAGAAUGAGAAUGAAUAUAAAAAAUUAGCGAAGAUAUAGGAUGAGUUUAAUGAUAAUGAUAUUUGAUAUUGAUACGGAUUAUGAUACUGAUAUUGAUAAAGAUAAUGAUAAUGACUAUGAUUAUGAUUAUGAUAAUGAUACUGAUAUUAAUAACGCUAUUGAUUAUGAUAAUGGUGUUGUAUGUAUAGUGAAGUCAUUUCAUAAGUCCCAGCCUGUCAGUGAGUCAGUCUGGGACCUAUCAAAGAGGCUUCAAGUUCAUUCUUGGGUUAACUGUUAUGCCCUGGCAAAAGCAUAUGUAUAAAUUCUCUGCCUAACUGGCUGUGUAAUUUUAUUGAAGCUAAGCAAAGUCUUAGGCCUGUUAAUGACGUGAAUUUAUAAGUAAAUAUUAAUUACAAAUUUUAUUAUUAAAUGUACCUUUUUUUGUCGGCCAUUUAUUUAUGCCGUGAUCAUACUUGCCAAAAACAGCAACAAAAAUAUUCAAACAAGAAAAAACAGAAAAAGCAAAGCAAAAAAAAGUAUGAAACAAAAAAUGACGAAGCACCUCAAUACCCAAUUUGAAGAUAUUGUAUGUAUGGUAUAGAAGUUCCUUUAACUCAACAAACAGUGUCCAUUCACAAUCGAUAUUCCUGUGUGAGCGAGAAGGCCAAAAACGAAAUAGAGAUAGCCAGAGGGCGAAUAUGAGAGUUGGAAAGAAAGAGAAAGAGGGGGAGAGGAGAGUUCUACUUCCUAAAAGUAAUAUUUGCAUAUUAACACACACAUUAUGAGCUAAAGGAAUCAAAUUUUUUUAACUCGUUUUAUCUUUCAAAAAGUAAAGAAAAAAACCCAGUGUGUUACUGCUACGCAAAAGUUGCAAAACGGCAACAGAAUAGUGCAGCUAAUAGUAUGCUAGAAGGAGAUGAUGAAAAACAUUUUACAAUUUGUAGGAAUGUAAUUUCUUUUCUUCUUCUUUUACUUGUUGUUGUUGUUACUGUUGAUUAAAGUUUUUUGAUAAACAAUUCGUGUUCCAACGUAAAUUGCAACCUUAUGAAAAGAGCAAGCGAAACAGCAGAUUCGCUGGCUGACAUGCUGUUGUUUUGCUCUAACUGAUGCAAUGUUGUAUAACAACAACUGAAGAGCUAGGGCAAUAAAUUCAUCUACAUACAGUAUGUAUGAAUCUAUCGGUCGAUCUAUCUAUCGUGUAUUUCAUAGAAUUAUCCAACUUUUUCUAUCAUAUAUUACAUCAACAAAUCAGCAAUAUAUGUAAAAGUGCAUGUGGAUGGCAAGUUAAAAAUAUUUGUGAAUAGCAACUAAGUUUUGUGACACUGUGACCGUUUUCGAACGAAGAAUUGUAAAUGUUAGUAGUAGCUAAGCAAGUAUUAUCACGUUGUAAAUGUGGCUUCAACUCGUUCACCAAACACAAUAUGUAUGUAAACGUAAAAACGCUGAAAGUCUGGGCCAUAAACAAAAUCUAAAAAAAAAAAUGAUUGUAAUAUAUACAUAUAUAAUUCACAAUUUGUUUCUUCGUUUAUAUUUACUUAGAUGUGUGAAAACGAAUUGUAGAUAUAUGUACUAUAUAUGUCAUUGAGUGAAUUGGAUGUUUGAUUUCAUUUUUAUUUCAUGUUUAUACCCGCUACCCAUAGGGUAGAAGGGUAUUAUAACUUUGUGCCGGCAGGAAAUGUAUGUAACAGGUAGAAGGAGUCAUCUCCGACCCUAUAAAGUAUAUAUAUUCUUGAUCAGCGUCAACAGCCGAGACGAUAUAUCCUUGUCCGUCUGUCCGUCUGUCCGUCCGUCCGUCCGUCCGUCUGUCCGUAUGAACACCUAGAUCUCAGAGAUUAUAAGAGAAAAAGCUGUAAUUUUUUUCGACAGCAUUUGUUAUGUUUGCACGCAGAUCAAGUUUGUUUCAAAUUUUUGCCACGCCCACUUCCGCCCCCGCAAAUCAAAAAAAUCUAAUAACAAGUGUAAUUUUAAAGCUAGAGCUGGUAUAUAAAAUAAUUACUGUAGUAGUUAUGAUUCCUGAAAAUUUGGUUGCGAUCAGAUAAAAAUUGUGGAAGUAAUUAAAGAAAUACUUUUGUAUGGGCAAAAACGCCUACGUACUAGGGCUCUGAGUUGCUUUGGCCGACAAUCUGGCACAUUGUGCCGUUUAUGGUAUAUUUUGAAUGGUGUACUAUAUCGAUAUACCAAACAUACCAUUUGGUAUAUUUUUAGUAUUUUUUAGUAUUUUCUGUAUAUUUUGAAAAUGAUACCGCAAUAUUUUGUCUUUAUCAAAAAUGGGUAGCGGGUAUCUCACAGUCGAGCACACUCGAGUGUAACUUUCUUACUUGUUUUGUUUUUAAAAAGAAUUUCAUUCGCGUUCAGCGUUGGAAAACGCUUUGUGAAUACGAGUUCGAAUCGUUCAAAAAUAAUAAAUUCGCCCAAAGCAAAAAACUAUAGAAAAAAGAAUAAUAAAAAUUAAACAACUGAUUUUUGACAAAACAAUAAUACCAAGUACAGGUACGUACUUUAAAUAGUCAGUGUUGUCCAAUUAAGUGUAAUGAAUGUGUUUUAAACAAAACUAUUGCCUUUAAACAUAAACUACCAAACAAAAUCAAAAUUACAACUGAUUUUAAAAACAUUUCGACAAAAACUGUUUUUUUUUUUAUUUUCGUUUCUUUCAACUAAACUGACGAUUUAUUGUAUUUGAUUAAUAAAAAAUGCAAGUGAAUAAUAAAUUAAAACGUCAAAAAUUUAUAGAAUGUAGUCCGAUAUUUAUGUAAAUGUAAACAGCAGCACUGAAAUAUAAACACAAGGAUAAUGUGAAAAAAAAAUGUAAAAUUUAAAAAAACAUCGAUAAAAAAACUGGUUUUAAUCUUCCAUACGAUACAGGCUAUGAAUACACUUAUAUUCAAUACUAGCAAUCGCGAUUUUAAUCAAAUUCUGAGAAUGUGGAAUUGAUUGGUGUUUCGGAAAUCAAAAAUUCAACCUCCAAAAAAUCUAAAUAAAGAAAAAAAAAAAAAAAAAAUUAUAUGACGAAAAAAAAUAACAUUUUUCAAUUUGCACAGCUUUGAUUGUUAGUCUUAGUAAUUACUCGUUUAAAAAGUCUUACGUAUGCGUAAAUUAUUAAGAUAUGUACAUAAAUAAAAAGUGAAAACAGAAAGCGAUAGGGUCUAUGAUAUAAUAUAAUUUAUGAUUUAUGUUGCUUAUUUUAACGUUGCGUUUGAGAAGCACUAAAAUCUUAAAAAAGAAACCUAAAACAAAAAAUAAAUAAAUAUGUAUGUAUUGUAUUGUAUGUACUUAUUUUAAAAUAAAAAAAACUAAAACAAGACUAAGAAAGUGUCAUUGCAAAUAAAUCUGUCGCAAUUGUUUUUUCAGUUAAAAUGGUAUUUGUAUUAUUGAAAGAUAUAACAAGCAAAACGAAUAUAUAUAUACUAUAUAUGUAUGUAGAAACAGGAACAUAUAAUGUAUGUAUGUAAAUCGACGAAUGUGUCAAUUUGUAAAACAAUUUAAUCAAACCUUAUCGCACAUUUGGGACAGGUCAAGGUGCUCAAUAAAAUAAAAGCAUCAAAUGGAGUUCAUAUUGUUAAAUAUAAUCAUUUAUUAAAACCGUUUCUGAAAUUCAUAUACUUAUUUCCUAUAUGUGGGUCGCUUCACUAUUCAAAUUUCCGUGCGGCCUCUUUUUAUUUAAUAAUAAGGACAGUUAACUUUCCGC